AUGCCGAUGCACCCAGUCACCUCCACGCUCAUGUACAGGGGAAUGUGCACCAUCCCGGACAUUCUCUCCUACAGCGCCCCGGUCAACCUGCCCGAGGACGAGGUGGAAGAGAUCCGCGAGGCGUUCAAAGUGUUCGACCGCGAUGGGAAUGGUUUCAUCUCCAAACAAGAGCUGGGCAUGGCCAUGCGCUCUCUGGGGUACAUGCCCAACGAGGUCGAACUUGAGGUCAUCAUACAGAGGCUCGACAUGGACGGUGACGGGCAGGUGGACUUUGAGGAGUUCGUCACUCUGCUCGGUCCAAAGCUGACGGCGGCCUCCAUGCCAGACAAGUUCAAUGGAACCGACUUUGACUCGGUUUUCUGGAAGUGCGACAUGCAAAAGCUGACCGUAGAGGAGCUGAAACGUCUUCUUUACGACACCUUCUGCGACCAUCUGACCAUGAAGGACAUUGAGAACAUCAUCAUGACCGAGGAGAACCACAUCGACAACCCUGAUGACUGCCAACUGGAUAUCGACAGUUCUAGUCCAACACAGCAGGUCAAGCAGACAUGCGUGCGCAAGAGCCUGAUCUGCGCCUUCGCCAUCGCCUUCAUCAUCAGCGUAAUGCUGAUCGCCGCCAAUCAGGUGCUGCGCAGUGGCAUGAAGUAG